AUGCCGAUGAAAGAUGAAGAAAAAUAUUCUGAUCACCUGGAGGUAGUGAUGAGGCAGCUCCCAGCAGGAUUCUUGGGUUAUGCUAUGAAAAUGCACUAUAUUCCCAGUAUCCUAUUGUGUUGUAAUAGUCUUCCUGGAGACCUGAAGGUGUGUCUCCGCCUUUAUAAAUAUCACGCUGCUUUUACAACUAGCUCUGAUUCUUUUGAAAGAGACGAGUUGCAUCAGGAGUUGCAUUUGAAUAUCUCCAAGCCCUGUGGAAGGCAGAUAACAAGGAAAACAGAGACGAUGAGGAUCAAAAGCUUUGGACUUGUUUGUGUGUUGAUUCUGGUCUCCCAGAUGCUACUAGCCAACUGUGAAAGACAGAAGGAAAGAAAAAAGGGAAGACAAGGCAUAGAAGACAGUGGGAAAAAACCUGAAUCUAAUCAAGAAAAUGAAAAAGGGCAGAAGUCAAAAGGAGGAAAAUCAUCUCCUAAAGGCAAGUUUAAAACCAAAGAAAAUGCCGAAUGCACCUGGGCAGUGACCAACAUGAAUGCUCCUACUGUGCACGUACAGUGCAAGCAUGGUGACAGCGAGUUCUGGUGCGAAUUCUCUGGAGACCCUUCCACCUGUCCACAGUAUGCAGCAAACCAGAAAUCCUACUGGAAACAAGUCUCUCGAUCCCUAAAGAAGCAAAAGCAGAUCUGUCAAGACCCCAAAAGUGUCCUAAAAUCUAAAGUAUGUAGGAAAGGUCCACAAAGCGCUCAUCUCGAGCUGACCCACUCAAGCCUAGUAGCAUCAGUGGGUUCUGCGAAAGAGAACACAGUUCAUGUGCAGACUCCAGCAGCUGCCUCUGUGACUGAAAAAAAGCUAGAACACAGUUCUCCAGACUGUGUUGAAGACGUAGAUUAUAUUGAUCAGAAAAAGGUGGCUGAGGAAUACUGUCCAGAAAGCUUGCUUUCUCUCUGCAACUUUUUUAUCACAAUGGUGCAAGAUAAAAAGUGUUGAGGAAGUGUUUCUAAAGCUCUGCGCCGUGACAGUUCUGAUCUCAUCUAAAUUACUGCAAACUAUUCCAGAUUUUAUUCUCAUGUUAUAUAGUGUAUAUAAAAAAAAGGAAUAUAUUUUUCUGAUUUUGUAUAUACACAACAGACUACACUUGACAUAGUUGAAGAUGUUAUAGAUUUUAUUUGCAUGUAAAUUGCUACACAGGUGUUACCAAUGGAUGUUACAUACUCUACACAGAAGUAUAUAAGUGGUCUCCUUGCCUCUCUUUGAGCUGUGCUAGCCAAAGUGAUGAAUUCAGUGCUAUGCACUUCUUGGUUAUGUACAAUACUGUUGAUGUAAAAAAUAUUGAGAAAAAUAAACUUCAAAUAUUGUCUCUCUCUGUU